UUAUUAUUAUGAAUUGAUAAUACACGUCAGUGUAUUAAUUAAUCGGCAAGGAGAUUAAGUGUUGCAAUCAAAAUAAGAAUAUGAUGAGAAUUAAGAAGAAAUUCUUACUAUUCAUAUUUACUGGUGUAUUCUUUGUCGUCGUAUAUUUUUACCUUAAUUCCAAUGUUCCUAAUGACAAGAAGGAUCUCUUUUAUUUCGAGGCAAAGGUGAAAAAGAAUGAAAAUCGUAUCAAGACACCGCGUCAUCAAAUAUUUGAUAGUGACCAGAAGCAGCAAGUUGAGAAUAUAAUUGACAUUAAUGAGAACAUUAUUCCACAAGAUCCGAAAGACAGAGAUUUAGAGAAAAAUGAUUUGAUUAAUGACCAAAUUUUACCAGAAAAUAGCAAUGAUGUUGAGAUAUCGUGCAAUAUAGUGACUGAUGAGAUCCCUAAACCCGACAUUCAAAUGCUGGAUGCGUAUCGUGAGAUCCCGUUCGAUAAUCAAGACGGUGGUGCAUGGAAACAAGGAUGGAAUGUCGAAUAUGACACUCAUCAGUGGAAUAGAAAUCAUAAACUCAAAGUAUUUGUGGUUCCACAUAGUCAUAACGACCCAGGUUGGAUUAAUACCUUUGAUGAGUACUAUGAGAGACAGACUAAGCAUAUAUUCUCAAAUAUGUUGAGGCAUUUAGACGAGAAUGAGAACAUGAAGUUUAUUUGGGCUGAAAUUGUGUACUUUUCAAAAUGGUACGAUAGCUUAUCGUCGCCGGAAUCUAAGAAAACUGUUCAAAGAUUAAUUAAGAGGAAGCAGCUCGAGUUCGUUACGGGAGGAUGGGUCAUGCCUGACGAAGCUACAUCACAUUGGUACUCAGUUUUGAUGUCAUUGACGGAGGGUCAGCUAUGGCUGAAGAAAAAUUUCAAUAUAAGCAAUAUAAAGUCAUCAUGGGCAAUCGAUCCUUUUGGUCACUCGUCUGUUUUUCCUUACAUACUCAAAGAAGCUGGCUUUGAGAAUUUGUUGAUCCAAAGGACACAUUAUUCUGUAAAGAAAUAUUUAGCACAAAGACAGCAACUUGAAUUUAAGUGGCGUCAACCUUGGGAUACAAAAGGAUCAACUGAGUUGUUUACACACAUGAUGCCAUUUUAUUCGUAUGAUGUUCCUCACACUUGUGGACCUGAUCCUAAAAUCUGUUGUCAAUUUGACUUUAAAAGAUUGCCUGGCUAUGGAUUAAGUUGCCCUUGGAAGGUCCCACCAGUGGCAAUAAAUGACGAGAAUGUAGCAAAACGCGCAGACAUGAUAGUUGAUCAAUGGAGAAAGAAAUCAGUUCUGUACAAAACUCGUUCAGUGCUAAUUCCACUCGGUGACGAUUUUCGAUACACACAGUCAAUGGAAUGGGAGGCACAGCGAGUGAAUUUUGAAAAACUUUUUGAAUACAUUAAUAAUGAGCCGAGUUUUAACAUCGAAGCAAAGUUCGCUACAUUACAAGAAUACUUUGAUUCAGUGCAUAAUGAAAAGGGUGUGGCGAAAUUUCCAAGUCUUAGUGGUGACUUCUUCACAUAUGCUGACAGAGACGAUCACUUUUGGUCUGGUUAUUUCACAUCUCGUCCAUAUUACAAGCGAAUGGAUCGAAUAUUAAUGAACUAUUUACGAACAGCUGAAAUGUUGCAUGCAUGGACAUCGUGGGAGUCAAAUACCGGUUUUGAAAAGCGCUUAGAAAACGCAAGGCGUUCACUGUCAAUUUUCCAACAUCAUGACGGUGUGUCUGGAACAGCAAAAGAUUACGUGAUGCGUGAUUAUGAUAAAAUGAUGAUUGAGGGUAUCAAGAACAGUAAAUUUGUUAUUCAGCAAGCUGUUUAUAAGCUAUUAACCGAACCAAAUAUUUAUCAUCCUGAUUAUUCAUUUUCGUACUUUAAUGUUGACGAUUCAAGAACAGCUACGAGCGAUGACUCAUCAAGGUCGGUAAUUAUAAUUGGAGAUGAGAUACCAUUUAAAUACGUCGUCAUACACAAUUCGCAAACGUACGCACGUAAUGAAAUUGUAGAAUUUUAUGUGGCUAAGCCUUAUGUCUGUGUAACGGAUUCUGAUGGAAAUUCUGUUGAUGCUCAAAUUGCGCCAUCAUUUAGCUGGCAUAAAGGAGUUUAUGGUCCACAGCAGCCACAAUUCUCGACAACAAAAUAUCGAUUAAUGUUUACAGCUAGCAUUCCAGCACUUGGACUAUCAGUUUACAAAUUAAAUGCUAAAAAUAAUAAAGAAGACUGCCAAUCGACAUCAUUUACACAAAUCACAAUAUUCAGUGAUUCACAUUUUGAUGUUAAUUUGCCUGACUAUCCAGAAAAGAUUAAGUUUGAGGAACCAAGAGAAAUAUCAAUGAGAAUUAAUGAAAAUUCAGCCGGUGCAUCGUUCAAUAAACUUGGAAUAUUAAAAUCAUUAUCAUUAGACAGUAAAUCACCGGUCGUUCCAGUUCAUUUAGAAUUUAUGAAGUAUGGUACGAGAAUGUCUCAUGGUCAACGAAGUGGUGCUUAUCUCUUUCUACCAGAAGGAACUGCUCAAAAAAUGGCAUAUGAGCCACCCAUUGUGGUCUAUUCAAAUGGACCUUUAGAAUCAUCCGUAGCUGUUGGCUUGCCAUUUGUAAUUCACGAGAGUAUUUUAAGAGGCGGUGGUGAUGCUUUGGAGAUAAGAAAUAUGGUUGACAUUGGUGACAUGAGCAAUACAGAAAUUGUCAUGCGAUUGAGUACGAAUAUUAAAAAUGGAAAUGUAUUUUACUCUGAUUUGAAUGGCAUGCAGUAUGUCAAGAGGGAAAUAUUCAAAAAGUUGCCACUACAAGGCAAUUAUUAUCCAAUAGCUGGUGGAUUAUUUAUCGAAGAUGAUUUAUUACGUUUGUCAUUAUUUACAUCAACGCCUUUGGGAGGAUCUUCUUUAAGUCCUGGAGAGAUUGAAAUCAUGCAAGAUAGACGAUUGAAUCAGGAUGAUGAAAGAGGUCUUGGGCAAGGAGUUUUAGACAACCGACCAACUUUAAAUAUCUUCAAAUUAGUCUUAGAAACUCGUGAAUCGUGCAAGAAAAUGGACGAACGAUAUCCAGCUGGAUAUUUGACACCAAAUGCUUAUAUGGAACAAAAGAAGCUCUUGCAUCCAUUUGAGAAGCUAAUAUUUACAGAAAAUGAUUGGAACGGAUUGAAACAUAGUUUUGGUACGGAUCACGAGGAUCAUGAAGGAUAUGAGAUAGUCACAUUGAGAUCUUUACCUCAUAUACGAACAAAUUCUAUAGGCAUAGUAAUACACCGAACAAAUUUCGAUAAUUGUGUGGAUUCUUCAAUUAGCGGAAAUCAAUUAAAUCUUAAGAGACUUUUGGGACUUGACGAAAAUGAAGACUCGAGAGAAAUUUAUCGUUCAACUGUGACAUUACUAGAAGCUAAGCAGAAAAUAAAUGACGAAUCAAUUGGCAUGUGCGCGAUGGAGCUGAAAGGCUUUAUUUUGAAAUAACUUAAUUUAAAAAUUGUAAAAAAAGAAAUAUUGUGAUUUUUAUUAAACUAAUUUAAAUAACAUAACAUUUUUUGUGCUAUUCCUUAGUUCUUUUUUUGUGAGUACAAAAUAAACAUUGAGUUAAUUUUAAAUCUA